AUGUCAAGAACUGGGCCACCAAAAUUCAGGAUUGCUCAGGCUUGCACAGCCACAAGCUCAGGUUACUUAGUCAUCGCUUUGUUUCAAAUCCUCGUACGCUCAGGUUCGAGGGCGGAAAUGGACUUUGGUGAGGUCAGUUUUCCCCUAAGAGUAUAUCGCAUAUUGGGCUGCGGUUUGUAUGAAAACCCCGGUGCCGUUCAUCGUUCGAAUGCAUAUUCCCAACUAGGUACUAAUUCCCCUCAUUUGCUUGGCGGCAGGGAAACGUCUUCUUAUUGUCAGAUCCCUGAAGUCAUAUGCGCCACCCCCGAUUGUUGUUCUCCUUCACGAGUCUUCUCUCGCCUUGCUUAUUCAAGAGCAGUCGAGACUGGAGUAUUUAACCUGGCAAUAUAUGGUACAGCACACACCGUUAUCGACCAAUGCGUUGUCAGCUUGAGUUAA